AUGCUAUUAUUAACUAUAAUCACCACGCUGUACAUCAGGUCCCCAGAACAUACUCAUAAGUGGGAGUUUGUAUCCUUUGACCACAUCUCCCCAAUUCCUCCACCCCCAGCUCCUAGUAACCACUCCUACUCUCGGUUUCUACGAGUUCAGGCUUUCAGGCUCCACAUUAAUUUAUCCUUCCUUGGUAUCUGUUACUCUAUCAGCUGGGAAACAUAUGUCUUGGCCCAAUGUUUCAGGGACUUCCCCAUCAUUUUCUAUACCAGCUGUUAUGCCCAGAUGACCACAUCCCUCUUUCCAGGGAUGACAGAAUGCUUCUUCCUUGCUGUCAUGGUUUAUGACAGGUUUGUUGCAAUCUCCAAUCCCCUGCAUCAUACCACCUUUAUGAAUAAUCAGGUUUGCAUACAGUUGGCAUUGGGAACCUGGGCCAGUGCCUUUUUAGUAGCAGUCUUGCCAAUCAUUGCAAUUCCUGCUUAUUAUUAUGGACAGAAUAUCAUCAACCAUUUUACCUGUAAGAUUCAGGCCCUGCUGAAGUUCAUCUGCUCAGACACUCCUGUCAGUCUGAGUCUAUGUCUGGUUAUCCGUAUAUUCACACUGCCCCUGACUUUCCCUUUUGUCCUUAUUUCCUACUUCUACAUUGUAGUUAUCAUGCUGAGGAUCCAUUCUGUUCAGGCCAGGCUCAAACCUUUCUCCAGCUGUGUCACCCAUCUAACUGUAGUCACCAUAUUUAAUGGCAAAGCCAUCUACAUAUACCUGAAACUUCAGUCAAAGGAAUCUCAGGAAGAAUACAAAUUCUUCUCAAUAUUUUAUGGAGCAGUUACUCCCAUAUUAAUUCCCCUCAUUAACACUCUGAGAAACAAGGACAUAAAAGCUACACUUAGGAAGUUAGCCAAAGAAAACAAAAAAUCCUAA